AAAACAACGAAUGUUACUAAAAUAUUGAUAAACAAUAACAGAACGCAGUUUAAAUGGCAGGCUUGUCAUGUUGAUUUCGAUAUUCCGUAAUUUAUUGGCGUAGAGAAAUGACUUUUAUAAUUUAUUCCUUGAAUUAAAUAAGGAAAUAGUGUACUAUAGACGAGAAGUGGCGUUGUGCAUUGAAAUAGUGUAUGUGUCAGCCGUUAUCAUUAAAUCUUCAAGUAAUAAAUAUCAAGUUGUCACUAAUAAUAUCUUUGAAUCGAUUUAUCUACAGAAAUAAUCUUGAGUUUGCCGUGAAUACAUUAUCGUUAUGUCAACAAAGUAAUGAGCUAAUCGUUUGAUUAAGGAGUGAAAAUGUCGCUCGAACGCGAUAGUGUGGGCGGAGUGCCCAGUGUGGGGGAUAUAAGGGGUGUAGUGGGCCCUACUGCCGGAGGCGCUGCUGCAGACCCUCGGUCUCAACUUCUGCAAGAGAUGAGGGAGCAGAACUUUGACUUGAUCAGAUUUGCCUCAUACAGGACCGCCUGCAAGCUCCGCUAUGUACAAAAGAAAUGUAACUUACACGUAAUAGACAUUUGGAAUGUAAUAGAGGCCUUCCGUGAGAAUGCUCUCAAUACUUUAGAACCGACUGCCUGUGUGAAUGUGACGAGAUUGGAAACUCUGGUGUCUUCUUUAUACCACAACUUGAAUAAGAGACUGCCGCCUGCUCACCAAGUUUCUGUUGAAGCCUGCUCUGCUUUGUUGCUGAACUGGUUGCUCUCGGCUUACAGUACCGGCGAUAAUGUUGGUAAAAUUCGGGUGUUUUCAAUCAAAGUGGCUCUCGCCACGAUGUGUGCUGGCAAGCUGAUGGACAAAUUGCGAUACAUUUUCUCCCAACUCUCGGAUGGCAACGGUCACCUCCUGAUGAAGAGGCUAUCAGACUACCUGAGGGAGGUACUCGCCCUCCCGGCCGCGGUGUACGAGUCACCCUCAUUCAGCUACACCGAUUCACUCGCACUAACUAUAUUUAAUCAGAAUGGUAAAAUCACCGUGAACGACUUUCUGGAUACACUAAUGUCGGACCCCGGUCCGCCCUGCCUGGUUUGGCUACCGUUGCUGCAUCGACUUGCUAGCGUUGAAAAUGUGGUGCACCCCCUAGCCUGCAGCGUAUGCCGACGUAGUUCAUUGACCGGGUUCCGCUACCGCUGUACUCGUUGCGCUAACUACACAAUGUGCCAGGAUUGCUUCUGGAGGGGCAGAGUCUCCGCUACACACACUAACGAACAUGAGGUCAAGGAAUAUGCGGCCUAUAAAUCUCCGUCGAAGCAGAUCGGCGCGACGCUGCGCAAGUCGUUCCGCUGCGUGCCGGAACGUGCGCGGGCGCAGUUGCCGCGCUACCCCGACCAACCGGAGCGUACGCUCAACCUCAGCCAUAUCGUGCCCCCAUCCCCGGUGCCGGCUCACAACGGGUUCCCAGAGUACGUAGGAGGCUAUGUCAACACUGGAUCCUUGGACUCUAGAUCUUCACGAUCAACGCAUCGCAGUAUAGCGGAGCAUUUAUCUCGCGGUGUGGAUGACGAGCAUCGCCUCAUUGCGCGGUAUGCGGCCAGGCUGGCCCACGAGAACAGGACUAUGCCCAGAGCCGGCAGGUCAGCGUCUCUUACUCCAGAACUGGGCCGUUCUUCAUCGGAAGGUUCAGAGGUAGACGCCGCCAGACAACAACGCGAGCUGAUCUCACAACUCGAGGCCAAGAACAGGGAGAUCAUGAGAGAGAUCGCUAGACUCAGACGCCAACAAGAAGCGGAAGCCAGUGCUGGUGGUGGCGUGGGCUCGGCUCCCUUAGUAUCGGAGCUGCGCCUCCUCCGGCAGCGCAAGGACGAGCUCGAGGGUCACCUGUCUUCUCUACAGGAGUCGCGCAAACACCUCAUGCAUCAACUCGAAGGACUUAUGAGGAUGCUCAAGACGCAGCAAUCAUCUCCUCGAUCAACGCCGAACUCUUCGCCUCGUUCCACAAAAAGCCCACCACUACCGGGGACCCAGCCUCAACCUAGCGCGCCGGAGAGAGAGCCCCCGCCACGAGGUACGGUACGGAGUGCGCCACAAACGCCCUCUCUCGGAGAAAGGGAACGCAUUGACAUGUCACAUAGUCUUGGUAUGGAAAGCAUGGGCGGCGAUGCCAGAAACUUCCAUCAAAAUCAACGACCGACUACCAAUUUCGAAGAGGAUGAUGAUAGUGACGAGCCUAUGCCUCGGCCGCAGCCGCCACGCCAUUAUCUUCACGACAACAACGUACAGAAAGUCACAGCCAGUGUUGAAACGCGUUCGUAAGCUUGUUUAAGGACACGCCCCCGCCGCUGCCAGCGCGCACUGGCCAUUACUACCCGCGCACAUAACCACAUCACUAUCAUACUAUAUGUACUAUAACUAUAUACUAUAAACUUAUCCUAUAUAGAUAUAAUCCUAUUAUACUCCACACCAUUCUGUUCUUUAUAAGCUUUUUGUUUAAGAUCAUAAUUCUAUGGCUAGAACCAUAGUUGUGUUCCCUUUUAAAUAUGUCAAAAAACGGUUCAAUUUUAAAUAUUUAUUUAAGUAUGGUAACACCAUUGUGAUGGUAUUGCAAGCCUAAGUCGUUUUUUGCUUUUAUUG